UCACACUUUCGAUUCCAAGCCAUCAUGGGCAUGUUGUCGGCGACCCGCGCCGCGCUUCUUGGAACCAUCGCCUCGACUGUGACGUUGAAUGCAUCUGCGACAGCUACCAGUGGAACAUACAGCGCCCUCCUCCCGCAAGACGUGGUUCGCAACCUACAAUGCCACGUGUGCCGCACCCCCGAAUUGACUGGCAGCGUCGGUGACUCUUGCUGCAACUACGAGACGGUGAACACGGCGACGAUCGAGCACUUUCAUCCGCUCCUGGAUGAACUGCGCAAACUGUCGUUCUUUCGAUACUUUAAAGUCGACUUAAACCGAGAAUGCCCGUUCUGGAGCGUAAACAACGUAUGCAUGAACCGCGAUUGCUCCGUGUGCGAGUGCCCAUCUGAAGAGAUCCCGUCCAAAUGGUAUGCACAGGACCAAGCUGAGAAGGAGCAACGAGAAAGUUGGCAUUCCUCCGAACCCUGCGACGAUCAACAAGGCGAAGGCGAGCUGUCUAAAGUAGACCGAACUAACGCGGCCGUGGGCAAGUCGUUCCUAGCGUGGGUCGACAAGAAAGACCCUGCUGAGAAUGCCGACCACAUGGUGUACAUCAACCUGCUCGAGAACCCCGAACGAUUCACAGGGUACGCCGGGUUGUCGGCCGCUCGUGUGUGGAAGGCGAUCUACUCCGAGAACUGCUUUGUGUCGCAGGAGCUGUGCCUCGAAGAACGCGUGUUUUACCGACUUAUUUCGGGGCUCCAGGCGUCCAUCAGCACGCACAUCGCGUUGGAGUUCCGAAUGGGGAACGCAUGGGGACUCAACACCGAGAUGUUUGUUGAACGAGUGGGUAAAUUCCCCGACCGCCUGCAGAAUUUGUACUUUACGUACCUGUUUGUCCUUCGCGCGGUCGGUCGGUACCGCGACGUUCUCCUCCACUACGACUUUGAAACUGGCAAUGCCGCCGACGACGCGCGCGCCUCGACGAUCUUGAAGUCGCUCUUUGAUGUUGACAAUCACGCGUACAAUGCCAGCUGCCGCGCGCCGUCCGACAGUCGCGCUGUGCUGUUUGGAUUCAACGAAACGAUGCUGUUUUCCAAUUCGAUGGAGAACAUGUUCCUCAACCAAAACGACCUCGAGCGGCAGCGGCGCCAGUUUAAGCAAAAAUUUGAAAACAUUUCGCGCAUCAUGGACUGUGUCACGUGCGAAAAGUGCCGACUGUGGGGGAAGAUUCAAGUGCUCGGCCUUGGCACGGCGAUCAAGAUCCUUCUCGCUGACGACGUGUCGACCAUGCCCCCUCUCCACAGGAACGAAAUGAUCGCGCUCAUCAACGUUCUUCACCGACUGUCCGAAUCGGUCGAGGGCGUUACGCGGUUCCGACAACUCGAGUUUGAAAACGCCAUCACGAAGCUCCUCCAAUGCAUUGUCGGCGCCAUUACGAUUGUCGUUGUCGGAAUCCUCGUCCAGCGCCGCCGUAAGCAGCCCGCUCUCUCAAAGCAAAAACCCAAUUAAUUAUCCAUACAACUUUAUGUCGCACUGGUCAAGCCAUGUUUUGCGACCACAACUCGUCGCAGCGGGCGCCGCACCGUCCACGUCCAUCGAGGCAUGAGGUCCAUGCAGCAAGGAUGCCAACGGACGCAAGGGAUAUAAUUCGCCACACACAGACGACUUUGCGAUCACGAGGGGUAGUGGCCCGACGCCGCCUCACCGGCGAAGUGGCGGAAUCCUCGAGAAACAGCAUUCCCGUGCAUUUGUACAGACAACACGUGCCUCUGCUUCCCGACGGACGUCUUGCCGCCUCUUAGUUGAUCAUGUCGGUGAGCUUCGGCAUCAGCUACAUGCCAUGAUGGACGAUGUAGUGUCCCCAAGGUAUUCGCUGAUGCGGAUUGCAUUGCCAAUGUGCGUCUGUCGGGUCAGAGUCCCUCAGGGAAUGCUUUGCUUCCCGGUUAAUUCGGAUUAAAGUUCACUUGGAGGCGGCCACCGAAGAACGACCCGCUGAACGAAAACGAGUCGUCUUCGACCGUGCGCGUCGGAAUUGGUGGCGGAUCCAUGAUCUUGACUGCUUUCCGCUCAGUUAGCUUGACAUGCGUGGUACAAUUGCGCGCUGGGGUGGUCGUGACCUGCAUGUCCUUUGGGCAUGGCUUCACGUACUCGACACACCCCGAGCCCGAGAUGGACCCGUGCAACGCUUCCAUGGCUUGUGUGACGAUGGUGCCCGUCCCCACGACGGACACUGCCGCGUGAUUCGCCAACAGCGCACUUGUCACGAUCUUUCCGGACCCAUACAACGUCAGUUGGUGCUGGUCCACCGACCCAGCAUGGGCAUAUCGGAGUGUUCCCGACCCCACCACGGUCGACACGACGUCGUACGAAACGAGGUUUGCGACAUCGAAUAGUGUCGAACCGGAUCCCGUCGUUGUGCACGAGAUCGAAGCGGAAGAAAUGUGGUUUCCGUGGAAUCGAAUGCCGCCGCUCCCUUGAACAGUCGCCACGAGCGUCUUGGAGACCGAGAGCUGGGGGACGAUGCACGCAAUGGUCCCAGACCCGGUUAGCGUGACAUACAGCUCUUGGACGUUAAAGUCCUUGAGAUAGUUGACGUACACGCUACCAGUUCCCGUCUUUUGAAUGGACACGGAAGAGUGAGCCAACGUCCUGUCUUCCAGCACCACGCGACUGCUUCCGAUGGACUCGACGGACGUGAGCGGGUGCGUCUCAUCAAGAAAGACUUCCAUGAGAAUCCGUCCCUCUAUAUCAGUGGCAGGAUCGACGCUCAGAUCAAGCACCCGUCCACCCAUUCGAUGCAAGUGCACACGGGCUUGGAUCGCAUCAAGGUCUGCCGCUGAGCCGGACGCGUGGACGACUGUCGUGCCGGCGGCCGCCACUUUAGACUUGCUGUCGUGGCAACUCACAAACACUUUGCCAGGGAUGGAUUCACGCAGGCUGCGGACGUCCGACUCCUUGAACACCCACGAUCGUGUUGUCGGCGGCGUUGCUUGUCCCAUCG